CCCAUCGAUCGCGCUCAGGAGAGCGGGUGCUAUAACUCCGUAGGCGAAACAGGCGCACAGGAGAUCCGCACAACACAGGUGCCAAUGGAUGCUCUCCACUCAUGGAUUUGUCGAUCGCGAUCUGUCUGACAGGAAAUCUAUGACCCCGGACGACGUUAUCGGGGGGUCAUAUACGAUUGUCGCGCACGGCAUGGACACUGAACAACGCUAGUUCGAUGGCGGCCUUGCUGCAUAUCACAAAGCGUAUGGGUCGUGAUCCGAUCGAAAGGCUGUAUACUCGUAGCCGGCCAUCAAUCUUCGAUGUCGGGACGAAACGCCUCAAUAUUUGCGCAUGUACCAGUUUCCAUAUCCUCCGAAUGCGAAAGGAUUCUUCAGAAUCGUUUAGUGGUGGACUCGGCCCGCAACUUGGCGGCAGCAGAUGUAGAUGGUCUGUCUGACGCUCCAUGGAUUCCUUCUGGUAUCUUUACCCACUCAAUAUGCGCGACGUUUUGACCUUAUCCGACGAACACGCGCAAUCGCUCCGGCGGUGCAUCCGCACCGACGCCUCAGGUGUCUCGCAGUGUGGGUUUUGCCCGCUGGGUAUGCCGCAUCGCUAAAAAUCGCGGCGUGCAAGGCGCUGGAGCCUCACCCACUCUGCGAAGCUUGGCCACCUGCUGCUAUGAUCGCCCCUGUAGCCCAGAUUAUUCCUCUCGGGCGCUUCGAUGCAACCAAUCCGACUAACAACAUUAUCACCAAUACUGGAUGGCUCAUCGACACCGUCCUCGACGAAGGCAAACUGGAACGGGCGUGGUCGCGGUUGAAUGCCGUCUGGCCCAUAUUGUCCGCGAGGCUCAAGACCAACAAUCUUACAGGAGAACUGGAAUUUCACGUACCCGAGCAGUCCGCGCUCAACUCGGCGUACGGAUUCACAACGCCUACGGAAGUCAUCUCGUGCAUGCCCAUCGACUUACCCGAGCACCACUACACCCAUCCCUCCCGCUGUUCCCACAAGGCCCUGCUGAACAAGGACGUCCCAGUGGCUGCAAUUCAUGUUACCCGCUUCGAUGACGCGACCGCCAUUGGACUAUCCAUCUCGCACGCCCUGGUCGACGGUGGCGGCAGGAAGAAGGUCAUGUCCGCAUUCCUCAGCAUACUUCGGGGCGAGGAGGUAGCCCCGUUGGCCACGCACGACGCGUUCAUCACGGUAUUCGGCUUCUUUCAUUGGGUGGUUUUCAUUCUUGCCACCGUGUGGGAAUGGCUCCGCUGCCCUAGAGGCGGCUAUCGCGUCAUCUACAUCCCGGCCAAGGAAACUGCACGACUAAAAGAUCAAGCGAUGGCAGAUAUCGCUUCCGAGUGUCCUGGAGAGGAGAAAGCCUGGGUCAGCACGAGCGAUGCGGUCGUUGCCUUCAUCCUCAAGUGCAUGUUCGCGUCCGAGAGGAGACAUAAACCGCUGGGCAUCGCUUACAUGGCCAAUGUCCGCAAAUACUUGCCCUCCGUUAUUCCACCCACCUAUAUCCGCAAUGCCAACAUGGUCGUGCCGAUGUCGAUUGCCGACGCCUCGUCGAUAUCCUCCGCGUCGCUCGGCUCCCUCGCGCUCGUCGUCCGACGCACGCUCCAGUCGCGGAUACAGCCUGCCGCCGUGGACCAGUACGUCCAGUGGCGCCUCGCGCGCCCCAAUGACAUGCCGAUGUUCACCGAGCCCAAUGGCCUGUGGGCGGCGUUCACAAAUUGGCGCGAGAUGGGCUACCUCCACUUCGAUUGGUCGCCGGCGGCGCUCAACCCCGGCACACGGAAGGCCAAGUGCUUGUAUCUGCACUCGUUCGGGCACACCAGGGUGAAGCUCCGGAACUCUUUCAUCGUUGGUCCCGACGAUCCGUCUGGUGGGAUAUGGGUCCUGGGUACGUUGUCGGAAGCCCAAUGGGAAGACCAGAAUGGAUUCGGUAAAUACGCGCGCUGA